AUGGCCCGGCAAUUCACCAUUUUCUCGCGCUUACCGUCAGAACUGCAAUCCCACAUAUGGUACUGGGCGAUUCCUCGUCUUGAGAAACGCCAGAUACGCAUGGCAAUUCACUACAAAGCCUCGGUGACCAGGCACAGCUGCUACGUCCAGACGGGACGGUUCUGCGGCCGUCACGGAACCUGCGAAAGGUCAGUCGAGGACACCCCGUGGAAGCCAGCCGUCUGCAUGACGGACGGCUACUUCGCCCUCACGCCAGACUUCCCCGAGGUGAGCGUCGCUUUCCGGGCGCUGCUGCUCAACCUCCAGCUGGCCUGCCGCGACGCCUGCAAGGUCUUCCGCAAGCAAUAUUCCGCCGCCAUGAGAGUAUACGAGGAGAAAUGGCGUCCUGGUGUUCGUUUUCGUAUCCUGCGCUGCGACCCCGCAAAUGACGUCCUCGUCGUCAUGAAUGCAAAUUCCGAGCUCGACACUCACGUCCCACCCGGCGAGGAGCAGCACGUCCCUUCCAAUAUCUCGACCCUCGAAACACAAGAGAGAAACUUUCCGCAGGAUCGCGAGCAGUUCGAAAACUUUCGACGAGUGCUCUCGUCCUUCAAGAACGCUGCGUUUCGGUACGUAGACGAGCACCUGCUCAGGACCUUGUCCUUCGACCCUCCACCCCCGGGAGGAUCCCUAUCCCCGGUGCCAAGCCACGACCUUGAGAUCCUCUCGCUCUACAUGGAGUCGAGGGAGAACUUCUACCUGUGGGUGGACCCGGAUUCGUUCCCAGAAGUUCUGAUCCAUGGCCGGCAGAGAAUAGAAGACCUUGCCAUGUUCCGCGAUCAGGAGUCUGGGAACGCCGUGGUCAUGUAUCAUGACGCCAUGGCUGUGUUGAAUUCUUACAUGGCGAGUGCGAAGGCCGCGAGACGCCAGUAUAUUGCGACCGCUGAUCACUGGAUGCCAAUGCCACGGGACAUAGAGAAGGUCGGAUGCUACAUUCCAGCCUCGUGGGUUGGGUUGUUGAUUGUUUUCGAAUCCGAAUAA